AGCAAGUUCUUGCUCAAGUCGGAGCGUUUGUGACAAAUAGGAGCCGUGAUCACACACAAUGUGUUUGGAGCAGCAGGACCAAGCGGACCGAAAGCCGAAGCUGGCUAUCACGGUGUUGGGCGCCACAGGGGAUUUGGCGAAGGUGGAGACGUUCCCAGCGCUGCUAGACCUCUUUGGCCACGGGAUGUUGGAGGACGCGGUCAUCGUGGGCUUCGCGCGCAAGGACAAGACCAGGAACGAGUUCCAUGACAUCGUUUCCGAAGCCAUGGAGAAUUCGCAUGUAUGCGAGGAGAUGCCCGAGCUCAAGGACAGCAUCCCAGGCUUCUUGGAGCGGGUCCACUACUUCAAGGGCAGCUAUGACAGUGACGAAUCUAUGGCAGAGCUCGAUUCCUUCCUGAAGGAGGAGGAGGGGAAGCUUCGCGAAGGCCCGACACUUCGGCUUUUCUACAUGGCGAUCCCCCCCUUUGUUUUUCCUGGUGCCGCUCAGGCCAUCAAGAGCAAGGCGAUGUCAGACAACACGCGGUUGAUUGUUGAGAAGCCCUUUGGCCAUGACUUGAGCUCAGCUACCGAUCUUCAGGAGAAGCUUGGGGCCCUGUUUGAGGAAGAUGCGAUCUACCGAAUGGAUCAUUUCCUGGGCUACGAGAUCAACCAGAGCAUCCUGGCAGUCCGGUUUGGCAAUGUCUUUCUGGAGCCCCUCAUGAAUCGUCACCACGUCGCAUCUGUGAGGAUCACCUUGAAAGAGGAUUUCGACCUUCAGGGCCGAGGUGGUUACUUCACAAAGUACGGCGUCAUCCGCGACAACGUGCAGAACCACUUGCUGCAAAUGCUUUGCUUGGUGGCAAUGGAGAACCCCAGCACCUCGGGUGCCUGUGCCGACCUUCGUGAUGCCAAGCUAGAAGUGCUGAAUGCAAUGGAGGUGCCGGAUGCCAAAGACAUGGUUCUUGGUCAGUACGAGGGCGCUGAUGGCAAGCCAGGCUACCUAGAAGACGAGUCCAUCCCUGAAGAGGAUCGUGAAGCUGCCAAGAGGACGGCCACCUUUGUCCAGAUGGUGGUUCGCAUCAACAAUGAGCGCUGGAAGGGAGUGAAUUUCAUCGUGAAGGCAGGAAAGGCUGUUGAGGAGUCGAAGUGCGAGAUCCGAGUUCAAUUUAAGGAGCCUGCACCGACCUGUGUUCUGAAAGACGUGGUGCCAAAGCGAGACGAGCUUGUGAUGCGAGUCUCCCCACACCAGGCCGUUUACAUGAGGAUGAAUGUGAAGUCUCCAGGCUUGUCAACGGAUCUCGUGCAGAGUGAGAUGGACUUGACAUACAGCAGAAAGUAUCCCGACAUCUACACCCCCUCUGCUUACACGCGCUUGAUUUUGGCUGCCAUCCAGGGCGACUCACAGAGCUUUGUUCGAGAUGACGAGAUGCUUCGUGCCUGGGAGCUGUUUACACCCCUGCUGGACAAGAUCGAGGCGGAGAAGAUGCAGCCCACGCUGUAUCCUCGUGGAAGCCGCGGUCCCCCGGAAGCAGAUGAAAUGCUAAGUCAGUACGGCUAUGUGAGGCCACAAGGCAAGUGGAGUCGUCCAGAUCGUCCUAAUUGUGCACACUCGCGGCUCAUGUCGAAGUGAAGAGCUUUCCCGCGUUGGAACAGAUAAACCCCACUGGGUUGCGCGGAGCUGAUGGCAAAUGAGCCUGAGGGUACAAUUGCUCAUCAGCUUUUUAUCAAGAUAGACUGCUACUUCAGCUCAGCCAAGAGUUGCAGCUGUCAGCAGUCUAUCUUGGAAUUCAACUGGUACAGCUUUUGCAAGCCAUCCAUUUUUGUAUUGCUCUGUCGCUUCUAUUGAGAUUUUCAUGGCACAAUCCUGUGUGCGG